UGUUAGCAUUGUGGGACGUGUAGUUCCGCUCUGGGGCUGCUGGGCUUGAUAACAGCGCGCGGAGGAGCGAAACAAAAAUAAAAUAAAGGAAAACUUUCAAAGGAUUACAAAUAUAUCGAUCCGAUUUCGAAAUAAGCAUGCCUGGAUUCACUUGCUGUGUCCCUGGCUGCUAUAACAACUCACAUCGGGACAGGGAACUGAGAUUUUACACCUUCCCAAAGGACACCGUACAGAGAGAGAUUUGGCUGAAGAACAUCUCCCGGGCCGGAGUAAGCGGUUGUUUCAGCACCUUCCAACCUACCACGGGCCACCGUGUCUGUAGCAUACAUUUCCCCGGAGGCAGGAAGACUUACAGUAUUCGUGUGCCUACACUCUUUCCGCUGAGGGGUGUGAAUGAGAGAAAGAACAGACGCGGUAGAAACAAGAAAGUGUCCGCCGUCCUUCCUAUCAUCACUAGCGUCGUUUCAGUAGCCGCUAAUGCUGAUGCUACUCUAAGCGGUACAACCGCGGAGGUAACCAGCAGCAAUGAUGUUGCAAACACCGGCAAAGUGGGACUAAAAACAGAAGGCGGCAGCGAGACCAAGCCUAUUGACCUAACUGUGCAAGGGGACGGUCAGUGCUUGACUGCCGUCAUUUCCAGCUCUCAAGCCUUGGCGGGCAGCAGCGACCUCCAGUCGGCUGUAGCCGCCACAACCUCUGCAACACCCCUUCAACAAAGUGUACCAUACUCCACGGUCGACCUGUGCGCGCUUGGGUCGCUGGAUCACUCCUACUCGCUGACCACUGGGACCACCUCGGCGGAGCUGCUGAAGAAGCUGAAUGAACAGCGGGACAUCAUCGCCUUGAUGGAGGUGAAAAUGAAGGAGAUGAAGUCCACCAUCCGACAGCUCAAAGUAACCGAGGCCAAAUUAAAGGAAGAAGUGAGAGAGCGGGAUCGAAUGCUGUCCGCGGCUGUGGUUCGAAAGAAAAUUUGAUCGGACGGAAACUAGAUCAACAUCAACAUGUCAAAAAAAAAACAAAAAACACUUUUUAUAAGGGAUCCCAAUUGACGAGUGAACCCUUUUGUACAAAGCGAGGAAAAGUGGUUUGUUAGUUGAGAACUUUACAAAAAUGUUUUUCUUAAUUGAAUUUAGCUACUAGCUAAUGCCGUUGUUAGCUGACGUAUGAUACAGUAGCUUACCUUGUCAUAGUACUCAGUUUAGUUGACUAAUUGUGUGUAUGUUUAGCUCCUUAAGAUCAUCCAAUUUAUCCUUAAAAUAACACAGAUUGCUUCGUUCGUUCAAAUGAAUGGUUUCCCCCCUCUGAGACUGAGAAAGGAUUAGGUCAUAUCUGGAACUAAGCUGUGUUUAUAAAAUGAACGUGUUAGAGAAAAGAUGGGGAAAGGAUUGGGAGUUCUUCGAGUUAAAGGGGACGUACUUAAACAUUUAUGUGUAACAAUUUUCAUGUUGGCAUUAUGUGUCGCAUCGGUUUGUGCUUUUUUUUACCAGCUAAGAAAUCGAAGAGGUAAAGUAAGGCACUGCAUCACCAUACAGUGUGCAUGCAAUAUGUAAUUAAAGAGAAUAUGAAUUUACAAGCAAAUCUGACAGCAGCUUGGGUAAGUGCGAAUGUGGCCGUUGAUGGCACCACAAAGCAGUGGUCUUAUUAUUAUUUUUCAUUUUUUGCCUCAUUCAAAGCUUUCAGACUGAAUAGCAACAUGAAUGUCAUUUCAAUCAGAUGGUUUUUCUGUCACAUGAACAAUAAGAAAAAUAUCCAUUUGAAGUUAUUAAAGUUCAAUUAAAAAAAAA